AUGUGUCCGAUCGGGAAGGAACCUGUAGAAGAUGACGGCGGCCGCACUGUGUACAAGGGCAAGACCAUCGGAUUCUGUUGCCCCGGCUGUAUUGGCAAAUUCAAUGCAUGGGAUGAGAGCAAGAAAGACGAGUUUGUAUCCAUGUCCAUGAUGAGUGGGCAACCAGGUAUGCAUGACGAGCAUGAGAAGAUGACAGACUCCAAGGAUGUGAAUGAGUCUGAUAGUGUGCAGUACCUGUUCAAUACCUGCGCGGUUUCGGGGAAAGAACUCGGAAGCAUGGGUGACCCCAUCGUCAAGUCCUAUGACGGGCGUGAGGUCAAGUUCUGCUGCAAGAUGUGCGUGCCAAGAUUCGAGAAGAAUCUAGAGGCGUCGUUUGCCAAGCUCGAUCAGAAGAUCAUCGAAUCGCAGUUGCCUUUGUAUCCAAUGGCCAACUGUGUUGUCUCGAACGAAGAGUUUGGCGGGGAUAUGGGAGAUCCGAUUGAUCUUGUAUAUAACAAUCGGCUUGUCCGCCUUUGCUGCAAGAUGUGCAAGUCUGAUUUCAAAGAUAACCCAAAAAAGUUCAUCGACAAACUCGAUGCAGCGGUCAUUGCCCAGCAGAGCGAACAUUAUCCAUUGACAACAUGCCCGAUCUCGGGGGAGGAACUCGGAUCGAUGGGUGGUGCGAUCAAUGUCGUCUAUGCGGGUCGUCUUGUCAAGUUCUGUUGUGCGAUGUGCGUGCCCAAGUUCGAAGCCGACCCGAUGCCGACGAUCGAGAAGAUUGACGCAGCGUGGACAGAGUUGCAUGGGAACAGCGAUCAAGGUCAUCAAGAUAUGGAUAACCACGGCAAGCCAGGCCAUCACGGCGGGUAA